CAGUGCUUUACAAACUCAACAUUUCAAGAUGGCAGCCUCCAUUGUUUCCACGAAAAUGAUGAAAUUACGUCUAUUUCUUUUUAGUUUACGGCAAAUAAGUAUCGAAAAGAAUGAAAUUUCACAGUUCGUUAUUUCGAGAAGAAGUUCCACACUUAGAUGUUGUCUUAACGCAAGGACUUUCUAUGGAAACAGGCAGAUUUAUCGCCUAAUUUCCACUUGGCGUGUCCGAACUGCGGGGAUAGGGGCCACUGCGGCGAUUGCCCUCGGGGCAGUAGCGGCGUGUGCUGAGUCUGCCGAAACGGUGAAAGCAAGGUGGUUCUAUGCAUCAAGAAAGGAUGAUGUAGAUGAAAUAUUGAGAUUACUAAGGUCUGGGUUCAAUGUGAAUGAGAGGCAUCAACUUGGAUGGACAGCUUUGCAUGUAGCAGCUGUCAACAAGAAUCAAAAAGCACUGAGAGCAUUACUUAAAGCAGGAGCGGAUCCAAACAUCGGGGAUGAGUUUAGCAGUGUAUGGCAGACAGCACAAGAGAAAAGUCUCAACUCAUUACAAGUAUUAUAUGACAGAGAAGAUGAUUUCAGUGACAGACUGAAUAACAGAGCUUCAUUCCGUGGCUGUACAGCUCUUCACUAUGCAGUCCUUUCAAAUGAUAUCAAUAUUGUCAGAAUUCUACUUGAAGCAGGUGCUGAUCCAAUGAUAGCCAAUGAGAAUGGUCAUAUACCAAUACAGUAUGCCAAGGGGCAAGCAAUAAAGCAGCUUCUUGAAGAAUAUAAUAAGAAGUUUUCAGAUCUGCAAGCAAAUAAGGCAGCAGAGGAGAGACGUCGUUUCCCAUUGGAGCAGAGAUUAAAAGAAUUCAUCAUAGGACAGGAUGGUGCCAUAGCAACGGUUGCUGCUGCUGUAAGGAGGAAAGAGAAUGGUUGGAUGGAUGAAGAUCACCCUUUGGUAUUUCUUUUCUUAGGCUCAUCUGGAAUUGGUAAGACAGAGCUUGCCAAGCAGAUAGCAAGGUACAUGCACAAAGAUGUGAAGAAGGGUUUUAUCAGGAUGGACAUGUCUGAAUACCAGGAGAAGCAUGAAGUAGCUAAGUUCAUUGGAUCACCCCCAGGAUAUGUUGGUCAUGAGCAGGGUGGUCAACUUACCAAGAAACUCAAGCAAUGUCCGAAUGCUGUGGUGCUGUUUGAUGAAGUGGACAAGGCACAUCCUGAUGUACUGACUAUCAUGCUUCAACUGUUUGAUGAGGGAAGAUUAACUGAUGGAAAAGGGAAGACGAUAGAAUGCAAAGAUGCUGUCUUUGUGAUGACAUCCAACAUUGCUAGUGAUGAGAUUGCCAGUCAUGCUCUACAGCUUAGAAGAGAAGCUAAGGCUAUGAUGGAUCAGAGACAGACUACACAAGUAGAGAGAGAAUCAGCUGAAAUGACCGAGCAGGUGACAAUCUCUAAGAGAUUCAAGGAAGAUGUCGUCCAACCAAUCCUCAAGAGACAUUUUAGAAGAGAUGAGUUCCUUGGCAGGAUCAAUGAGAUGGUAUAUUUUCUACCAUUCUCUCGAGCUGAGCUCAUCAGACUCGUCUCUAAAGAACUCAAUUUCUGGGCAACAAGAGCAAAGGACAGACAUGAGAUGGAGUUGACAUGGGAUAUUGAGGUUCUUGAAGUCUUAGCUGAUGGAUAUGAUGUUCAUUAUGGAGCAAGGUCUAUCAAACAUGAGGUUGAGAGACGGAUUGUCAACCAGCUUGCUGCUGCACAGGAGAAGCUACUCAUCUCACAAGGAUGCAAGUUACACAUCGCUGUAGAUGCAGGUCACCAUGACAACAAGAUGAUUGGGACCCAAGAUCCUCAGCAGACCAAACUCAAGCUUCAAGUCAUCAAGAAAGGAAAGAAAGAAACAGUCAAUAUACUGCCGUCGGUACCAGGUCCAGCUGAUAUCAAUCAUUCCAAUUUUUAGGCUACUCCUCUGUAUAUGCAGAUUAAAUGAACUUUUAAAGUGGUACAAGGGAAUACCGGUAUCUUUUUCUUUACAUUUAACUAUGUUUUAGUAAAGGCAGAAAACGUUGAUUCCAUUCAAACAUGUAUUUUAUGUGCAAUCUUAAAAUAUAUACAUAUAACUCUUUGCUCUCAUCCUGUCCUCUUUCUACCAAAUAUCUUUACAGUUUUACAGUAACUUGCAAACUGUACUGAGCAGUAAAUGUUACUUAUCUUUGAUAAGUGUCUUGAGUGAUUUUAUGAAUAUUAUAAACUGUGAUAUCUGUUGAAAAGGCCUGCAGACUUCAAAUACAUUUUUUUAUAAUCAAGUAGUGUUAAUAUAAAAGGCAUUUUUGAGGGCUCUUAAAUGCAGACCUUAGCAAACAUAAGGAAAUCAACGAGGGGCUCAUACACUUGUUGCUUGCCCUCUCAACAUGUAAAGCAUGUAAAGUAAAGUAAAGUAAAAAGCAUAAAUAUGGAAAAUAUGCAUUGUCAUUAAUACCUCAGGGCAAAUCCAUAAUAUAAUCAACCUUUUUAUACAUCCAACCCCCAACUUUACCCAUUCUUACUUCACUCCAUGAACUGCCUAAGACUAAGUCCUGAUAAUAUGGGGACAUAACAACUUCUCAUAUGAAUUGAUAAACAAAUGAAUUUCUGGUAGGUCCCACAUAUAGGGGGUUGGACCCUUAUGAUUUAUGGAAUUGCUUCCUCAGUGUUUCUUUCACAAACAUAAGGAAAUAGAAUUGGAAUAUUUUUCAACAUAUAUUGAGUAAAUUACUAGAUAAUUUCAAGGUUAUGAUGGCUUCUUAAUGUUUUCAGUGGUUCUAGAAUGAUAGUUAAGCCUUGAUAUUUAUGAUAAUGCAGGAUAAUGCUUCUACAAAAUUGGUGAAAUAGCGGCUUAUAUAACUUAAGCUUUUUAAUAUAUAUGAGAAGGUAUAUAUGGAAGCCGAGCUUCACAGAGGGAAAAAAUAGAGUCUAAUCUUGGUGAAAGGCAGAUAUAAAGUGUAGGUCAUGAUAUACACUUAGAGGAUAUUUAUUUAUAUUUUUACUUUGAAAUGCAUUGGUUUUGCACAGCAUUGUACAAGACAAUUAUAGACUGUUCAUGAACAA